UGAUACUCGUAAGGUCGACAGACGCUGCCUUGGAAACGACAUAAAUCCAGUGCAUGCGGCUGGGUUUCAAGCAGGGACCUACAUUUCCUGACUUCAAAGGCUUCCGCCCCUCUACUAUCCUCCUCUUCCUCCUCCACCUCUUCCCCAUCCCUUCCUCCAUUCAUCCACCCAUCCAUCCAGUCCGGCCUUGAUCUUUGCGAGCAUGGGUGAUCUGAAAUGAAGCGCUGCCCAAGAGAGGAGGCACGGCGAGGAGCUUAGAAAUAACCGAGAGAGAAGGUGACGGGAGGUGCCGCAGUCAGGUAAAUGUGUAGAGCAGCAUGCCGCUGGUGAAGAGGAACAUUGAACCCCGGCACUUGUGCCGCGGGGCACUGCCAGAUGGGGUGACCAGUGAACUGGAGUGUGUCACCAACAGCACACUGGCAGCCAUCAUCAAACAGCUGGGCAGUCUGAGUCGCCAUGCUGAGGACAUUUUUGGAGAACUGUUCAACGAAGCCAACAGCUUCUACCUGAGGAUGAGCAGCCUGCAGGAGAGAGUGGACCAGCUGGCUGUGAAAGUCACUCAACUCGACUCCACUGUGGAGGAAGUCUCCCUGCAGGACAUCAACAUGAGAAAAGCGUUUAAGAGCAGUACCAUUCAAGACCAGCAGGUGGUGUCCAGGACCUCUGUGCCAAACCCCGUGGUAGAAAUGUACCACCGCUGUGACAAGCCCCCGCCGCUCAACAUCCUCAGCCCUUAUAGGGAUGACAAGAAGGAUGCGUUGAAGUUCUACACCGAUCCCUCCUACUUCUUUAACCUGUGGAAGGAGAAGAUGCUGCAGGCCACUGAGGACAAGCGUAAAGAGAAGAGGCGGCAGAAGGGCUGUCCGGCCCACCCUGACAGGCCCCACUCCAGACAGGCCCCACCCAGGAGCCCCCUGUCCAUCUCUGAGCAGCAGAAGCAGGUGGAAGACCAGAGCAGAGAGGUGAAGAAGGUGCGUAAGGCUCGUAACAGGCGUCAGGAAUGGAACGUCCUGGCCUACGACAAAGAGUUUAGACCAGAUGCAAGGCUCACCCCCUCCCCUUACCACGGCAUGUCUUCUGAAGGAUCCCUGUCCCCAGAUAGCAGGUCAAUGGCGUCUGACUCCUACCCAGCAAGUCCCAACCACCCGGCUAACCAGGCCCCGACCGCCACGCAUCCCACUGACCACCAUGCCAGGGAUCACCUUGCUGCCGCCCAGACACAGUCACUUGAUCGUGGCCUGAGGCCAGCAAACCAGCCCCCUGGAGCUGCUGGGGCAGUACCGCCAGGUCGUCACGUAGCCUCUCUAGGCAGGACCUCGUCAGCACAUGGUGUUCAGGCUGGAGGAGAUCCAACAGUUAACGGGCCAAGGCAGCAGUCGAUUAAGGAGUACAGAGCUGGGCAUAGUGGGCAGCCCUCCACCAUCCCAGAGUACUACAUUCCACCAGCCCCUCCACCACCCCCCCCAACUAUCCCUUCUGCCCAGACUGCCUUCGAUUCUGCUACGGCACCACCCUCUGCUGCCGCCUCCGCCAUCCCCCCGACCUCCUCUGUCCUAUCCUGCCACUACUCCCCCUCUCCUCCUCCUCCCCCGACCAACUACGUACCCUCACCAGCCCACCCCCCUCCGGGCGCACCCCCAGCUGCACCUCCGCCCCCACCUCCUGGAGUGCCAGCGGGACACCAGGUUCACCUGUCCCCAUUGCAUGCUGCUGUUGGCCAGGCGGCUGUGGAUUCGGGACCUUCGACAAGGAAGUCGACCAUGUUGGGGAUGAUUCCAAUGAGCGACGCCCGCUCCGACCUGCUGGCCGCCAUACGUAGAGGCAUCCAGCUAAGGAAGGUGCAGGAGCAGAGGGAGCAGGAAGCUAAGCGGGAGCCUGUUGGCAACGAUGUGGCCACCAUCCUAUCGCGUCGCAUUGCGGUUGAAUACAGCGAAUCUGAUGAUGACUCAGAGUUGGACGAGAACGAAUGGUCUGACUAAAAAGAAAAGAAAAAAUGAGAUGGAGCUGGGAGGCUUUACUGGUCGAGCUAAAAGAGAGGAUGAUGGGAGAGAAAUGUUACAUUGACUUAGUAAUGAAGGAAUAGGGUUAGUUUUGAGGUUUGCAGUUUAACUCCAAGGUUAAAUAAAAACCAAUCAUACAUUUGUUUACACAGAUUGCCGGGUACGGCUUGUGGAAGGCCAAGUAACAGGUUGAUAUUUUCAGCAUGCAUGGUUGCCCCUCACAACGCCUCUUCUUGGACUGAGAGCCCAGAUGCUUUUGUAUGAGACCACUGGUGGUGUGUGACACAAUAAACACACCUUCCAUCUCAGCAGCCUUCCACCCCUGUCAACUCAUUUUUAACCACAAACCCAUAAACAUCUCCCUACCUAUGGAAGCAAAUCGUUACCAUAUGGAAAAAGCAUUUCCAGAAAUGCUUUAUCGUUUGAAGAAUGUGGCUGCAUUGUUUGACUCAUAAAUGAAAUUAGUAAUCAAUAAUACUAUUCAAUUCA